GGUGGGAAUAUGGUGUCCAUGGCUGCUUGCGGGGAGACGGAGCAAACGAUUAAAGUUGUUAUUUAGUAAAAUUUGAACAAGUUUUAUUUCAUAUCUUGGAUGGGCUCAGGCACUGUCUAGUUUAUGAGAAUGACCGCCGACUAACGUCAGAUCGGCAAAGCUGGGCGGACAGCCAUUCUUCUCCAUUAAUCCAUGGUUUGCAUGGUAGACACGUUUCUAUAGACCAACCUCGAAACAAGAGCUAGUAAAAUUAAUUGGGACCUCUUCAUUAAAGUCAUGGACCGACCACCACGGAAGACAAAGGUCGUGAAUUAUUGUGAUUCAAAUGACUUUGAUGAUAAUGAUGAGGAUUUUCUCUCUGCAAAGGCACCGCCCAGCAAGAAAGCCAGAGAGGGUGUGAAACAACAAGAGCAGAAGAAAUCAUCAAGCAAGUCCUCCAGCCAAGAGACUGAUUCAGAGGCCAGAGGGAGCAGUAAGAGCAGGGGAACAUUGGAUGACAAGUCAUUUGACAGAGAUCUAGAAGCAGCCCUUACACUUUCCUUGCUCCAAGCUUCAGAUGGGAAACAGGACCAUUUGCCUUCCAGCACAGAACAUGUUGCGGACACACUUCCAGGAGCUGAUAAUGUUGAUCCAUCCGUUCAACGCCUUUCAAACUGCAGCGUGAACACCGCUGUUUUAGGCCUUGACAAGAUCGCAGAAGAACAGGGGUCACCUUGCCCCCCAUCCAGAGAGAGAAGGGUUGUCUCCAAACCCACAGAACAGCAGAAGAGCAGUCUGAAGGAGGAUGAGGACUACCAGCCAAAUUUGACCCCAGAUUCGGAAAGUGAUGAUGAGUUCAGUGAGCCAGCUGAGAGCGAGGACGAGGAAUUCGCUGUCAAAAAAGUAAACAAAGCAACCAAGAAAGGAAAAAAACCCAAGAAUGAGAAGAGCAAGAAGCCUCCUGUCUUAAAGAAAGAAAAGCAAGCAACCAAGACCUCCAAAGCCAAACUACAGGCGACAGGGCCUCCUAUCUUAAAAAAAGAAACGCAAACAACCGAGACCUCCAAAGCCAAACGGCAAGCGACAGCAGCCACCAAACCUGGGAGAAGUCCUCCGCUAACUAAACCUGCAUCAGAACCUCGACAGGCUUUAACUCCCACCACAGUCUCCAUUACUAAGCCUGUCAGUCCAGCAGGGGGCAGAAUACCCAAGUGGAAUCCUCCAGGUCAGAUCGGUGGAAGUCCCUCUUCAUCACAGACUACAGUAGUGAAGUCUCCAGGACAGGGUCUGCGGCUGGGACUGUCUCGUCUGGUUCGAGUCAAACCCCUGCACCCCAGCGUCCCAAGCCAUUGACUUUUACCAACGAAAACAGGCAGUGGAGCCCUGUUUUCGUUACCUUUUAUAAUUUCAUUUUGUAGUUAUGACUUUUCAAAUAUUCUUUGUCCUUCGGUGUCUUCAUUUCGUUUGUAAUAAGGUGCAUUUAAACAUCUCUUACAUUUUUUUUGCCCUCGUUUUCAAUUUUGGACAUUUAAAGAAAUAAAAUAUAUUUUGACUGAAGUGAUGCAGGAGGCCUUCUUCAGCUCAUCUUGAAAGACCGAAAAGUGACCCUGGUCCCCUGGGUCACAUUUACACACACUACUUUUUUACCCAGGCAAAGUGAGAAGAUCUUGGGGUAGUCGUGUGUUUUUGUGGCUUCUUUCAGAAAAUGUAAGCUUACUGCGGCUUGACUGUCAGGCUUU